AUGUCCAAUUUCUUCAAUUUCCUCCCACAAAGACAACCUCGCUACGCAACUUUAUACGACGAAGAAGAAUUAGAGGAACAAUCACCUCAAAGUUCAUUCUUAUCAAGAUUAAACCCAUUCAAUUCAAAUUCAAAUCCUGUUCAAUUACCAGAUACUGAAGCUCAAAUAAAUGAACCAGGAUCACAAAAUGAUUACUUAGAACUUUCUAAAUGGGAUAGACUCAUUAUAUUUGCAGUUGCCAUGGCUGGUUCACUAUCUUGCUGGAUUGUUUGUAUAUUUCUUUUCCCAAUAUUAUCAUUAAAACCAAAAAAAUUUGCAUUAUUAUGGUCUUUAGGUUCAAUUUUGUUUCUAUUCAGUUUUAAUUCUUUAUAUGGUACCAGAAAUUACUUGGUACAUUUAUUCUUCAAGGAAAGAUUAUGGUUUACACUAAGUUUUAAUGGUAGUAUCAUAAUAACUUUGAUUUCAAGUUUAGUUCUACAUAGUACUUUAUUAACAAUCAUAUCAUGUGUUUGCCAGUUCAUUAUUUCAUUGAUUUAUACAAUAAGUUAUUUCCCAUUUGGUCAGAAUGGUAUUAGAUUAGCUUCAAAUAUUGCCAUUGUACAAGUUGAUAAUUGGAUAAAUUCAUAA